AUGUAUUGCAUGCCUACAACACAGGACAAGCACUAUGAUGGCAUUAUAGACAUAAAGAUGAAAAUUCCGCUGGCCCGCGGCCUGCACUCUCCGCCGGGCCUACGCCUCCCCGGCCGCCCGGCAGGAGCCCAAUCCCCGCCACCGGAGCCGGCCGGGAGAGAGUACAAAACCACUGCCACCCAGGGCGGCUGCCACCAGACAGGAGCAAACUCUAGACUCGCCCACGGAGGAGACCUGGGGCCGCUAAGGAAACGGCGGGGAGGGGAGCGAGGAGGAGAGACGCUGAGGACCUGGCGCCGCCGCCGCCGAAAUAAAGAGCAGGAAUUUACCUGGGCGAAUCGGCGUCUGAAUCCAAGGGGAGGCCGAGGCCGCUGUGGCGAGACUAUAAUCCGGGCCGGGAGGGGGGGUGGCUACGGCUCCUCUUCCGUCUCCUCAGUGCGGGGAACAUGUAGUGCCGGGGGGAGACCAGCCGAGAAGACAAAUCGCUGCUGCUUCUUCCUCCUCCUCCUCCUUCUCCCACAUAGAAACACUCACAAACACCCGACCAGGGGCCCGAGCUACCGGGGGGGCAUCGCCGCCGGCCCGGGACCAAUCCUCCAGUCGGCGGGGGCGUCCCUCCCUGCGGCUUGGUGGUGUCGGGUGAGUCGGUACCGACGGAGGGAGGGGGGGGAGGGCGGGGGGGGAAGGAGCCCUGUGUGUGUCUCUCUCUCGUUCCGUCUCUCCCUCUCAGAACAAAAUGCCGACCGGAAGUGCAGCUGCAGGAAUGACUCCCUCCGCCGGCGCCAAACACUAACAACCACCCCCUCUUCCCCACUCCACUUCCGCCACCGCCGCUGCCGCCGCCACUUCGGCUCGAGUCCUCCGCGGGGCCGCGCCGCACCGCACCUCGCAGCACCCGGGGUCGGGCCGAGGCCGGCAGCGAGGCGGCGGCGGCUCUUCUCUGCGCCCUUCACCUCCUCCGAGCAGCUGUGGAUGUUGCCUUUUGUUGUCGACCCGGCAGAGCGGCGUGUUCGUUGUGGCACGGGCGGCCCGGCUCUCCCCGCUCUUUACCAGGAGGCCGGACGGAACGGGGCUCGAGUUCGGUGGUGGUGGUGUGCGUGGGGGACGUCCAGGCCCGGAUCCGCUCGCAGGCUGCGCUCCCUACCCCAGCUGGUCGUCGUAACGUUUAGAGAGCCGCGCGCCGGGCGGCCACGUAGAGGACGCCUGCGAUACGACAGCGACAAUGCAGGUUUUUAAAUGGUGUCCCUGCCAGCCGGGUGGAUGGAUGUAUAGUACCUUUUCUCCUUUUGAGAGGUCGCACUUUACUCCCGACUCUGCAUUAUUUCUGCGGAUUAAGAAUCGCAACCCUUGGAGGUGAAGAAGCUUCCCAGCUGGAUUGAAUUGGAAUUGUGUUUGUGAAGCAUUUCUUUCUGGAAAUCUGCAGUCUUUUCUUGCCUAGUUUUGUUGGCAGUGGUUUUGGUUGUUCCCUGUCGGGAUAAAGGCCUGUAGGCGACGCUGUUAGAGCGAGGAGCUGGGGAGCGCGCGGGUCGGCGCCCGCCUCUAGAUACCCAGAACUUUCACUAAGAAUCCAGGCUGCUCAAAUAAAGUAACCCACUCUGAAGGCUCCAGCUCCAGAAAAGCAUACCAAAUUUUAGAACCUCUCAACAUUUCAUAUUUAUCCUUCUAAAUACCACCAGGUCUGUGCCUCAUUGCUUAGGACAUUAAUAAUGAUUAUCAACUGCUACUGUUUUGAAUAACACCACAAUGAGCAUUGUUCUGUGAAAAGCUUUUUCCUUCUUUUAAGUUGUCUUUGAAAAAAAAAUCACAGAAGUAAGAUUAUUGGAUCAAUGGAUAUAAACAUUUAUACAGCACUUCUUACCUAGUACUUUAUUUUUCUCCAAAUGGACAAUACCACUAAAGUUGUUUAUGUUUUCAUUUCAUUUCAACUUUAAUCAUUUUUGGUGUUAUUAAUAAUUUUUUUGUUAGUUUAGUAAGCAUAAAAGAAAAGUGUAUUGUAGUGUACAUAUUCCUUUCCAUUUUCUUUUGUGAAUACUUUAAUAUUAAUUUAUACAAAAUCAUAAUAAAAUUUGCUCUGUGUCUCUACAGAUUUAUA